UUUAAGAGUAUUAAUUUGUGUCGUCGAUCUCGUGUACGCAUCACACACAUCAGUGAGUGAGUCAUGGACACGGACAUGGACCACCUGCUGUCUCUCUCUGUGUGACCUAAUGAGCUACCUACCGAUGGAUGGAUGCACCAGAAAGCACUACCUACCUCUGUCCAUGUGUACCCACCCACCUGUCUGUCUGUCUGUCUGUCUGUCUGUGUGGCCAGUCUUCAUUCAUCAUGACCAACUGAAAUAAACUUGUGCUGUCCACCCAUCCGUUCUUCGGUCUGUCUUUCUUUACCCCCCGCGCGUAUGCCUGGCGUCUCUGUGCCUUCCCAUACGUGUAGGCAGCCAUGGCCGACCAGCCAGCCACUGCUGCCCACGUAACACAGGAAGUCGGCGACACGUCAGGUUCGCGCAUCCGCCCAGAAAAUGGGUGGUCAUUACACACACGACUGCAGGCGAAACGGGUCAGAGUCUGUGAAAGGAAUGGAUGCAUGCUGCCGUCUGUCCGUCCGUCCCCACGCACCACCACCCCCACACAGCCCACCACCCCCAUGACAGGAGUAAGCUAAUCUAGUCACUUCCAUGGCUUGAUCUACUUGGUGUCCUCGCCAUUUGCCGCAGUGUCGUCGGUGCCGUCUUGGUCUGCCGGCUGUGUCUUGGCUGCUGCCGCAGACAAGUCGAUGCGGCGCUUCUUGCUGUCGCCCUGCUCGUCCGCACCGCCGUCACCGGUCCUACACACACGUGUGCACACACAGCACAUCGGUCAAUGCGUGAGGGAUCAAGGGGAGCGAGGCUGUGUCUGUGUGUAGCCGCAUACCUUUUGGCAGAGACAACGCCGAUGUCGCGCACCUGACCGCCAGACAGCUGGGGCUGACCCUAAACCACACCACACCACACCAAACCACACCACAUCCAUUUAUCCAUCCACACGUCCGUCCGUAUUUUGGACGGGUCCGUGUAGGGUGCUUUGCUUACGAAUGCGGACGAGGCUGACGACUGCAUGGAGCCCAUCUGUCGCGCCUCGCUCCGGAUGUCGCGGAUGGUGCCCUUGUCGAGGUUCGCCUCACCACCCUGAGGCGAUGAGAUGCGAUGCGAUGCACACGUGAACGCAUCAGAGGACAGACACCCAAUUGUGGCACGGAUGGCACGUGAUGGUGAGGCGAGGUGGUGGUGGGACCAUGCAUGUUAUGUGCUGACCUACCCUGCCCUACCCACCUCGAUCUUUCUGCGGAGAGCGGCCAUCUGCAGUCCAGCGCAAGGCAACGCAACGCAGCAACAUGUGAAUGAACGACUGGAUGAAUGGGUGUGCGUCCGUUUGUUCUCUAUGUCUCUCUCUCUCUCACGUACAUUCUCCUGGACCUCCUCCAUUGUGACCUGGUAGUCCUCUUUGCGCUCGGCUGCAUCGCACACACAACAUAACAUACGUCACAAAGCGGGCAGCAAGUGUGUGCGGACGACGUGCGCCAUCCAUCCAUCCAUCCAUCCUCAGCGAGAGCGAGCGACGUUCUUACGUGAGAGGGAUGUGCCCCCGACGCCCUGUAUGGCCUUCUCCAUCCCCUCGUACGCCAACUACACAUAAGACAUCACACACACACACACACACACAACAAAGCGGAGAUCACUUGUCUGUUGAGAUCGGUCCCUCCCUCCCUCGCUCGUUUCUCGACCUACCUGGUAUGCUUCGAGUGCCUUUUGGUUCUCAUCGGCAUACGUGUGGGCCUGCGCCAGGGCAAUCAGCCUGUGGUCGGUCCAAUGGAUGAGGGGAUACCAAGACACACACCAAACACACACACCGGAUAGACAGGGGGAAGGAUGGAGGCACUUGUGUGCUGUGCAGGUGUGUGUGGGUUUGUGUGGUGUGCUGACGGGGCGUGCAGGUCGUUGGGCGGCAGGUUGUGCUGCUUCCGCAGCUCAAUCGCGCGGGCAAACUCCUGAAGGGGGGGCGACACACAAAACAACAGAAUGCGUUCGUGCAGGGGCAGCAAGCCAAGUGCCUCGAUCUGCCCACCUCGGCCGCUUGCGAGAAUUCCCCCUUGAGCAUCAGAAUGUCACCCAGACUGCACACACACACACAAAUGCGUAUGGGCGCGUGUUGUGAUGUCCGUGGUGGGAGCGCACCGUACGAUGACGAACGUGAGGUCUCUGACGUCCUCGAUGGCCACAUUGCCCGCACGCUCCUGACUGAUGGAUACAUGAACACAUGGUGUUCCAUCGCAGGGCAGACACCAACAGACACCAACAGACACCAACAGACAGACAGGGGAUGGAUGGGCGGACACCGUCUGUCUGCCUGCCUGUCUGUGUCUGUUCCCUCCCUCCCUCCCUCCCUCCCUGGUUGCUUGCUUGCCCCCCUUACGCAUUGAUUCGCUUCUCAUAGGCCCUUCGCGCCACCUCCAGGAUCUCCCACGCCAGCUGCACCCACCAAACAACCAACCACACGCCGUGAGUCCCCCUCCCUCCAUCCCCAAUGGCGCCUUACCCAUCCCACCCACCUGCAGGUCCUCGUGGUCGGUCUCGACAAUCGGGAACUCCUCCUCAUCGGCACCACCACCUCCACCACCACCAGCGGCGGCUGCUGCGCUGGAGCUCUCUGCCGCCGAUGCUGAUGCAGAUGCCGCAGCGGCUGAGCUGCUCGACGGCUGGUCCUUCUUGCUGGCCGAUGGGGCACUGGUGGCCGGUGCUGCUGCUGCUGCUGCUGUUGAUGCGCCCUGCUGGUCGUCCAGCUGUGAUAGUUGUUUGAGGAAGUCCUCCGAGUUUUCCUCGUUGGUCAGCAACGCAUCACUGAGUGAUAUCCAUACAAACAUACACAACGGCAGAAGUGGACGGACAGACAGACCGACAUGAAGGACAGAUGGAUGGAUGGAUGGAGAAAAGAGUAUCGUUCCGCUGACCCGUAGUUGAGGUAGAAUGCGGCGAGGUCGGGGUGCCCGUCCUCAUUGUCGUACUCGGCCAACCUGCACACCACAAACCACCGAGCCAUGGAGGCAGGCAGGCAGGCACUCAUCCAUCCAUCAGUGGCCUCAUACACACAUACAUCACGUCCGUCGUGCCCAAUGUGUGUGUCCCUACUUGAGUUCGAGUGCCUUGCAGAAUCGGUGAAUGGCCCGCACGUACUCUUUGGCUCUCUUGGCCUCCUCACCCUGAACCGUCAGCGUCUCGGCUGUGGCACCGGGCUCCAACUCAUCUGUGGGUGCCGGUCAGUCAGUGUGACACACACACAGCCACCAACCAUGUAUACCAUCCUCCCCGGCAACCGUCAGAUUGGGUGCGUAUGUGUGCGUCAGUGGGUGCGUACCGUCGUCGUCGUCCUGGACGUCUCCCCCUUCGUCCUGCUGAUCUUCGUCUCCCUCGCCCUCGCCCUCCUCGUCCAGGUCAUAGUCCUCGAUGGGACGCUCGGCCGUACCUAACACACACACAGAGCACACCGCACAUGCGCCAACACCACACGGGACGGCAGGGCACGUAUGUCGUCAGCAAAACAGCAGAUCUGGGUGAGGCGCCAGCUCACCUUUCUCGUCCAUCUCGCCGGUCAGCAGAUCUUUUACCACUGCUUCACCACUGCUGAUUUCCUGCGAGCUUGCAUUGCGAGCCUGGGAAUG